AAAUAAAUUCCCAGGCCGCCGUCAACGUUCGCGGGCGCCGUCGCGACUUCCUCCACCCUCUCUCUCUCGCCAUGGCUUCAAAGUCUAGGGUUUGGGUUUCUGCUUCGCUCGCGAAGAUGGCCGUAUCGAGAAACCUUGAUCUCGAGCUAGUCUUUCGAUCAAUUUCCUCGUCUCUUUUCUCCCUCUUCCUCCUAGCUUCGUUCCCUCUCCGAUCGGAGUCUUCGUGCCGGCGAGGAUGCGACCUUGCCCUCGGCUCCUACUACAUCCCCGUCGAGUCGAAGACCAAUCUCACCUACAUCUCCUCCCUCUUUGACGAGAGCCUUGCCAACGUGAGCUUCUACAACCCCAACAUUUCCAACACGGACAGCGUCCAUACCGACUCCCGCGUCAACGUCUCCUUCCGCUGCGACCCCCUCGACGACGGCGCCUUCCUCGGUCACAUCUUCUCCUACCGGACUAGCCGUGGCGACACCUACACCAGCAUCGCCUCCUCCGUCUAUUCCAACCUCACCACCGUGCGCGCUCUUGAAUACUUCAAUUCCUACUCCGCCAAUCAGAUUCCGGACGGUGUUGAUAUCAAUGUCACGGUGAAUUGCUCCUGCGGGAAUGCGAAUGUGUCGAGGGAUUAUGGAUUGUUCGUGACGUACCCGCUUCGGCCUGGGGAUAAUCUGAGCUCUGUGGCGGCCGAGUGGAGGUUGUCGGGGCAGGAGGAUCUGCUGCAGAAGUAUAAUCAAGGUGUCAACUUUAGUGCGGGAGAGGGGAUUGUCUUUAUCCCGACGACAGAUCCAAAUGGAAGCUAUCCCCUCCUUACACUUUCGUCAUGCAAAAGCAAAAGACUGUCAGCUGGAGCCAUCGCUGGAAUUUCUGUGGCUGCACUAGUUGCUGUUCUAGUAGCAGCCAUUUGUACAUAUUUUGGGGUGUAUAGGAGAAAGAAGGGGAGGAAAGCUUCAUUGCUUCCAUCAACAUAUGAAGAUAGUGCCAUUCUACAUGGACAUGGAAGUGCAGAUGCCUCAGGUCAAACACCUCAAGAGGGCAGUGGUUCCCAGCUACCAGGAUUUGCUGUGGACAAAUCAGUUGAGUUUUCUUAUGAAGAGCUUGCUGGUGCUACUAAUGAUUUCAGCUUGAGUAGUAAAAUUGGUGAAGGUGGUUUUGGAGCUGUUUACUAUGCUGAGCUGAGGGGAGAGAAAGCUGCAAUCAAGAAGAUGGAUAUGCAAGCAUCUAAAGAAUUCCUGGCAGAACUGAAAGUUCUGACCCAUGUUCAUCACUUAAAUUUGGUGCGUUUAUUAGGCUAUUGCAUCAAGGACUCUUUAUUUCUUGUUUAUGAAUAUAUUGAGAAUGGCAAUUUAAGCCAACAUUUGCGUGGGUCAGGUAGGAAUCCACUGCCGUGGUCUGCUAGAGUGCAGAUUGCUCUUGAUUCUGCAAGGGCUUUAGAGUAUAUGCAUGAGCAGACAGUUCCACAAUAUAUACAUCGUGAUAUCAAAUCAGCAAACAUUUUGAUAGAUAAGAACUUCCGUGGAAAGGUCACCAUUGUUCCUGUCACCUGGAAGGCUGAACAUCAACACGCAUUUUAUAAUAUUUGUGUGCUUGUCAUGCAGGUUGCAGAUUUUGGGUUAACAAAACUUACUGAAUUUGGAAUUUUGCCAGAUCCUACUCGUGCUGUUGGAACAUUUGGUUACAUGCCUCCAGAGUAUGCUCAGUUAGGUGAUGUCUCUACCAAAGUGGAUGUGUAUGCAUUUGGCGUUGUCCUAUACGAACUUAUUUCAGCCAAAGCAGCUGUGGUGAGGACAGGAGAGGCAACAGAAUUUAAGGGAUUAGUUGGUCUGUUUGAGGAUGCUCUUAGCCAACCUGAUCCGAGAGAGCAUCUGCAAAAGCUGGUCGAUCCAAGGCUAGGUGACAACUAUCCAAUUGACUCCAUUCAUAAGAUGGCCCAGCUUGCAAAGGCCUGCACACAUGAGAACCCUCAACUGAGGCCAAGCAUGCGAUCCAUUGUGGUUGCAUUGAUGAUGCUAUCAUCCUCUACCGAGGAUUUGGACAUUGAUGCCUUCUACGGAAACCCAGCUCUCGUCAAUCUCGUGUCAGGAAGGUAGGUUAGUUCAUGCUUACCUUCUCUGCAUGCCAUGUUUGUGAAGGGUUGCAAGCUUUGUAAGUGGUGCAUUCACCUCAGCCUAUUACAGGAUAUCUGUCCAAAUUUAUUAGUUUCGCCAGAACCAUCAAUUGUAUCAAUUUUUAUUCAGAUAAUCCCAUGUCAUGAAAUUGCAGGGGGUUGGAAGUAUUGAAUAAAACUUUCCAAAAAGAGAAUUUGCAGAAAAAAUGUUUAAUCUCUAUGCUUCCAAAACAUUUCAUGAACAAGGGAUGCUGUGUCCAAAUGGAAUUAUUUUCACCGAAUAAUCAGUAAGCAUGCUCUUAUGAAAAAUUUUGAUGACCUACAAUAUUCCAGGCCUAGGCUUAUAUUAUUAUCAUAUUUUUUUGAUAAUUCUAAUAAAAAUAAAAUUGUUAUUAAUCAUAUUUUGCAUCAUAAUUUCUCUAAAAAUAAUUCUUGCUAUAAUAAUUACUAUAUAAUAUUAUAAUCAUAAUCGUUAUCAUAUUAUAAUUCAUAUUAAUAUAUUGUAUUAUAAUGAUUCUCACUUAUGGAAAAAAAAAUUUCAAUCCUGAAAUUUUGGCUUUAUUCUAAAAGGAUGAGAUAGCAAGCACAUGACGAAGCUAUAAAAGAAUCCAGAGGGUGUUUAGCCUGCAAUCGGAAUCAGAAUCGAAAUGAAAAUUGGAAUAGAUUAGAAUCAGAAUAGCCAAAUCCUCUAAAGCAUUUGAUUCGUGAUCAAAAUUGAAAUUGGAAUCAGAAUGAAAAUUUGAAUUCUUAGAGAAGAGUAUGGAUUGAAUUUUAGAUAGAUUGGAUCUGUCAUUUAUAGCAACGCUUUUAGUAAGGGAAUUCUCAUUUCAUCGAAUCGGAAUAGGAUUUUUUCUAACCAAAUGGUUGGAAGAAAUUAUUCAUUCUCAUUUUGAUUUCAAGCUUUAACUUCUUUCAACUAAACACCCCUCAAUGGAGAGGACACUUGUAACAACUCAAGAUCUCAUCCAAAAAGCUAGUUGAAAAGUAUUAUUUGAGUUUUUUGGCCCUGUAUAAGCAUUGGUGUGGUCUCUCUCGUAUAGAACUCACCACCUUAAAGGAAAAAAGUCUCACAUAGUCUGGGUAGCGUGUAGAAACAUGUGAAAAAUCUUUCUGUCGUGGAAAUCUUUUGAUUGCAGAAUAAGGAGAUGCGAGAGCCCGCGGGAGCCUUCUUGUGCGUAGAAAAUGAGUUUGUAAAAGACUCUACCUUUUGUCUAUAAAAGGUGGCCUAUGGAUGUGAAGAACAGAACAUAAAAAAACAAAAAAAGAGGCCGUGAGAAGGCCAUGAGCCAUCAAAAGGAGAGAGGGAGAGAGAAGAAGAGAAGCUUGGAAGAUGCUUCAUUUCAAGAAAAAAAGAUCGAAGAACGUCAAUUGGAGUUCGCUCAACUUUGGUUUAGAGUUAUUUCAUCAAAGAGGGUUCUUCUGAAGGUUUAUUUAAUGCUAGAUUUCUUCUUUUUUGUAUCAAGAGCGGUGUUUUCAAUAUGGUGUCAGAAAAAUAUUUUUUAUACUUUAAACUAUUAUUAUAAUGAAAACUCCUUGCUUUGGUCUUUA